AUGUCGCCGCCGGCCGUCAUCGCGGCCGUCGAAUCGGACAACCAUACGUGCACAUGCCGACCUCUGACGACGGGCUGUGCGGAGUGUGGGACAGGACGCUGUUGCAGUGACUUUGGCUACUGUGGGAGCUUGGUCGGUUACUGCACGCCUUGUAAUUGUGCAAAAUAUGACGGAACAACUUACGUUUGCAACCCUUGUAAUUGCCUGGGCGGUUGUGCUGAUCCUGAUCCUGAUCCUGGUACUGAUCCUGAUCCGCCUGAGCCGCCUGAGCCUGAUCAUGAUCGUGACGACGAAAAAAUGUUGCUAAUCGACGCCACCUACGACCAAAACCUGGACAAUAAGGCUUCGUCGUCCGAGUAUGGCUGUGCUGCAGUAUGUGGACCGCCGGCAUCGAAUGUUUCAACGACCCAUAGUAAUAUUAUUGCUGCCGGUCAAUGCCUACUGGCGGCGAUGGCAAUCCACGAGGAGCUGGUCGUCGUCGACUUCGGAUCAGUUACAGUUACGUAA